AUGCGAUCUGACGCGUCAAACCCAGCCGUGCAGGCGGAACACGGAGCUUAUCACACCUCGGCGUACUCUGUCGCUGGUGCUGCCAUGAUGAGCUUCCAGCCUAUCAACCAGAUACACCAACAUCUAUGCGCCUUUCACAUAUAUUCGGACGACCCAACCCGGGCGGUUCGCGCUCACCACUUCUGCACUCACCUGCGAAGUGAUCUGCAUCAAUGCGUAGUGUAUGACUCGGAUCAGCCAGGUGCCAGGCUGAUAGGGGUGGAGUAUGUGAUACCCGAAGCAAAGUUCCUCGAGCUACCGGAGGAUGAGAAGAAGUUCUGGCACUCGCACAAAUAUGAAGUAGAGUCUGGACAGCUCAUGCUCGGCACCAAAUCCCUUGUACCCAACCUGGUCUCGGAUGUAGCGGAGCGACCUGCCAUGAUGGAGCUGCAUAGGUCGUAUGGCAAGACUAUCCAUACUUGGCAAUUCGAUAUCCAUCCCGACCUUCCGCUUGGUCCGCCUGCCAGCAUGAUGUCCUAUACUGGUGACGAUCAGGUGGACUGGGACAAGGUCAAGCAGCGCGAUGAGGAGAUGGGCGUAUCGACGUUUGCGAAGCGGGAUGCAAGGGCUGGCUAUUUGAAGAAGGAGGAUAUGGACAGGGAGGUCGCACCGGGUUGCGAUGUCUGGACCAAGGGUCGGAAGGGCAAGUGGGUGUGGGUAGAGGAAUAA